UCUAUAUUGAUAUUACGAUUUUUUUGUGAAUUUGGACAUUGCAGAAGGGGCAUUUUGAGGUUCUGUUCAUUCCCUUCCCAGCUAAGUUACAAGUGAUCCUUCAAUUUUAAUGCAGAUCGAGAUGGCUUAAAAUUAGGCACCUAACAUGUGCUGAUUGUGAUGCCUUAUUUCAGAGCUGAAAUAGCUGUACCUACCUCAGUCAAUUUUCCUUCUUUGUUUGAAGUGUUUUGUGCUGAAUGAAAAUGGUUGAUGAUGCCACCUACAUUUGAAUAACAAAUGUUAUUACUUUAAUAACUAUGUUUUCUUCAUUCUUUAAACAAGAAAUCAAAAUGGACUUCAUGUCUGAAACUUCAUCUUAUAAAGAUCAGCAAGCUGGCAUUUUAACUCUCCCUCCUGAGGUCCUUGAGCUCAUUAUCAGCUACCUGCCAUAUGAGACAGUCUCAAACAUCAGAUUAGUAUGCCGCGCCUUCGAGCGUGCCUGCCGUCACCGGCUCAACCAGGGCUUCUCGCGCGCGGAGCGGUACGUGCAGUCGGCGCUGAAGAUGUUCCGGGCGCAGCUGCCGCGCCGCGAGUCGGAGCGGCGCGAGCACCCGCUGUCGCGGCGCGUGGAGCACCUGGCCGCCGUGGAGACUCGGCUCGGCCUGCUCAGCAUGACCUACCGCCGGUACAUGGACACAGACGCCUGCUGCUUCAUUCCCGGAAAGGUGCUGGACGAGGUGUUCCAAGUGGUGCGCUAUCUGAAGGACGCGCGCACCGUGGAGCGCUCCUCGUUCACUGUGCUUCAAGAACUCCGCGAUAUCUCGUCCAUGGCCAUGGAACACUUUGAGGAGCACAUCGUGCCGGGCCUGAAGCGGUGCGAGACUCGGCCCCGGCCGCUCUCGCUGCUCAGCCUGUUCUCCGGCGCCGCCAGCGGCGGCAGCGACGGUGACGCAGGCGUGGGCGAUGCCGGCUGGCCGGGAGCCUCUCUGGGCAACCUGCUCAACUCUCAGAGGGCCGCCUCGGAGGCUCGGAACAAGAGCAUCAACGUGGUGGAACACUCGGUGGCCAAGCUGAACCAGCAGGUGUCCGCGCAGCGGUCUCGCUCCACUGCGCAGGCGCAGAUUCUGGCCGAGCUGCGACAACAGAUGAACGAACAGGCAGAGAAGCUGGCUGCCCAGGACUUGGUGAUCGCCGACCUCACCACCAAACUGGGCCGGGUCGAGGAGCGGCUGCGCGCCUACACCGGCGAACCGGCCGAGGACGAGACGGCGGAGGGCGGCAGUGCCGACUCGGCAGGUCCUGCCGACACCAAACUGAGGAAACGGCCCGCCCGCGGCGCGGCGGCCGAACCCGCCGCCUCCGCCUCCAAACGGACCAAGAAGGCGUAGGGUGAGCUUUUCCGGGGCUGGCUACAUUCCUUGCGGAGAUGGGAUCGCGAGGGAUGGGGUGGGCGCGACUGGGAACGGGGAAGGGAGCGUCGGGUCGAGAAGACGAUGAGUGUCUCGGCGUGGGUCCAGAGCGGCAGCUCAUGCUGGCACUGAGCCGUGAACGAUGUCGAACUGGCCGAUAAGCCGCGCGGUACAGACGUGGCCGUUACCGCGGUGGAAGUGUGCGAUCAUCGAACGAGCGUGUAGUGAACCGGAGGCGUGUUUGAGAACUUUGCACUGCUCUUAAAGUUGCUGUGAUGCACAAAUUUGUAUCAGUUGUGUGGCUUACGGAAAACGCUGACUGCUGUUGUGCAACACCGAUGUUUCGUGUUUUUGUUGCGCCUUUAAACGGUGUCUCAGCGAAUCUCGAGACGUCUGAAAAGUAAUCCGACUCUCGUUUUCUAAGUGCAGCUUUCACGGAGCAUAUAUGCUGGGGUGAAUAUGCAAGCAUAAUAUGCGCGCAUUGAACGUGAUUGCUGACGUACCAGCGGUAUGUCGUGCAUUGUAACCACGUUAACCGAUAAACGUCCAUACGCGAGUGUGUGCGGGUAUAUGAUCCGCUACUCUUAUUCUGUAGGUCAGCGAUGUAGUAACUAGUAAGUGUAGGUAGUGAAUCUGCACUGAUGUAUUUGACGAACGUUCUGCGAGCUUCCAAUGACGAGCAGUGCGGUCGACAUGUCUGCCUGCAAGUGUUGCACAUACAUAUUCCCGAAAUUGA